GUGGAAGCGGUGCCUCAAGACCAUCAGCUUUUUAUAAAGUUCUGUUCUACCAUUUACCAGGAAAGUCAUGGAGAACAUCACGUUGUAUCCAACCUUCAACGUUACACCCCCGGACCACACUUCUGGCAAUACAACUGACUACUAUGAAGACUAUGGACAGUCCCCUGAGAAUUACUUCGCUUUGUUUGUCUACUCUUUGGCCUUUGUACUUGGGACUAGUGGAAAUGGCCUGGUCCUCUGGUUCACAAUCUUCAAGAUGAAAAAGACGGUCAAUGUCAUUUGGUUCCUUAAUUUAUCAAUCGCUGACUUCACCUUCACAUUAUUUCUCCCCUUGAGCAUAAUCUACUUGGCUUAUGAUUUCGAAUGGAUCUUUGGGGCAUUCAUGUGCAAGUUGAAUAGUUCGGUGGCUUUCAUCAAUCUGUUUGCCAGCGUCUUCCUGCUCACCAUCAUCAGUAUAGAUUGUUGUAUCUCUGUCAUCUUUCCUGUUUGGUGUCAAAACCACAGAACGCCAAAACUGGCUUUAUUUGUUGUCAUCGGAGUUUGGGUCCUGGCUAUUAUAUUUAGCCUCCCAUACUUUAUAUUUCGAAACACCGUUCAAUAUUAUGACGGCAGCUUUGGUUGCUUUAACGACUUUGAGCUUGAUCCUGAGAUCGAAGAGUUAUCGCCCAUUGGCAAGUCCCGUCAGAAAGGGACAAUUAUAACCAGAUUCCUCGUGGGAUUUGUGAUCCCUUUUAUUGUCAUUGUCUCUUCUUAUUCCAUAAUUGCUCUACGUAUCCAAAGAAAUCACAUGACCACGUCCACCAAGCCCUUCAAAGUCAUCAUCGCUGUGAUCAUUUCCUUCUUCGUCUGUUGGUUUCCUUAUCAUGUUAUCUCCUUGAUGGAAUUGCAUGCAGGUAAUUUUUCACCCAAUGUAUUUCGUAUUGGCGCUCCUCUCACCUCCAGCUUGGCUUUCAUAAACAGCUGCAUCAAUCCUUUUCUCUAUGUUUUUAUUGGCCGGGACUUUAAGAAAAAAUUCUGGGGUUCCUUCCAUUCAAUAUUCGAGAAAGCUUUCAAUGAAGACUCAUUACAAAAAGACCUCCAGAACAAGACCAAGUCCACCUCUGACUCCCAUGUGGUCUAACUGAUCACCUUCAUAUCUGAACUUCGAUUACAUUCUUAUACACUGAAUGACUGGACUAAACAACUCGAAAAGACCAUCGGUAACAAUGUUUCUUAGCGCUAUGUUAUUUAAAGGUUCAGAAAUCUAUGGUUUGAUCUCAUCACAGUCACAUCACAGGGGGGAUUUCGGUAUUACACAGUUCUCCUUUUUUUAGUCCUCAUCACUCUAGCUUAAUGAUGGGGGAACCCGCAUAUUGACUUAGAACUUGCUCAUAGAUUAUUUCUGUUGGUAAAUAUCUUUAAUCUAGCCCGAUGUAAGUUACUCAGGUUGACUGAACACUGAACAGACACUGGUUGUUUGCCCCAAGACCAUAGAAAUGGUAGAACCAAGACCUGCCGUCCCUCUUGACAUGUCUGUUUUAGGAAAUCAUCGGAUGGCCCAUGAAGUAGCAAUUCUAGGUCUUUUUUUUUUUUUUACUUUGAGUUGUGUAUGAAUGAAUAUAUUGAACACUGGACUGCAACGCUCCUGUUGACAUUGUCUGCACUGAUCUGACAAUGUAGAGUAUGCAAAGACAUACCCCCAACUGGCAGCAUCAAGGUUUUUUCUAGUAGAAAUAACCAAGGAAGAGGGCAGAGUUCUGAGAAUUUUUCCCCCAAAUUGUUAUAGUGUUGACAAUACGAUAAUUUACCACAUGUCAUGAGAGGUGACAGAUACUCUUAAAUUAAAAAAUAUUGGAAGUCAUGAUGUUACUUUGAUUCUAUUUAUUACUCACAGUAUUUUAUUGCUAUAAUAAUGCUGCAGUCAUUACAAAAAAAUCUUAGUUAGACAUUUUAUGUAAAACCCAUGAUACCAAAAUAUUCUUAUAGUAAUAGGGGUCCAAUAUUUCUUAUAUAGAGCAUCAAGUACUCCUACUUUAAAAUUUGAACUACCUGUAUACACCACAGAAGGAUGCGUAUAUGAAUUUUGCAUACAGAACUAUUGAUUUCAGUGUACUGUAUAAAUGAUCAGAAAUAAGCUCCUGAGCUCCCCCUAGUGGUGGCUGUAUACAUCUGUAAGUAGUAGUCUCCUGAGCUCCCCCUAGUGGUGGCUGUAUACAUCUGUAAGUAGUAGUCUCCUGAGCUCCCUCUA